AUGAUCUCCUCCACAUCUUUGUCAUUCUCCUCAAAUUACUCCUCCUCCUUAUCUUCCUCCUCCACAUCUUUGUCAUCCUCCUCAAAUUACUCCUCCUCCACAUCUUUGUCAUCCUCCUCCACAUCUUUGUCAUCCUCCUCAAAUUACUCCUCCUCCUUAUCUUCCUCCUCCACAUCUUUGUCAUCCUCCUCAAAUAACUCCUCCUCCUUAUCUUCCUCCUCCACAUCUUUGUCAUCCUCCUCAAAUUACUCCUCCUCCACAUCUUUGUCAUCCUCCUCAAAUUACUCCUCCUCCUUAUCUUCCUCCUCCACAUCUUUGUCAUCCUCCUCAAAUUACUCCUCCUCCACAUCUUUGUCAUCCUCCUCAAAUUACUCCUCCUCCACAUCUUUGUCAUCCUCCUCAAAUUACUCCUCCUCCUUAUCUUCCUCCUCCACAUCUUUGUCAUCCUCCUCAAAUUACUCCUCCUCCACAUCUUUGUCAUCCUCCUCAAAUUACUCCUCCUCCUUAUCUUCCUCCUCCACAUCUUUGUCAUCCUCCUCAAAUUACUCCUCCUCCUUAUCUUCCUCCUCCACAUCUUUGUCAUCCUCCUCAAAUUACUCCUCCUCCACAUCUUUGUCAUCCUCCUCAAAUUACUCCUCCUCCACAUCUUUGUCAUCCUCCUCAAAUUACUCCUCCUCCUUAUCUUCCUCCUCCACAUCUUUGUCAUCCUCCUCAAAUUACUCCUCCUCCACAUCUUUGUCAUCCUCCUCAAAUUACUCCUCCUCCACAUCUUUGUCAUCCUCCUCAAAUUACUCCUCCUCCUUAUCUUCCUCCUCCACAUCUUUGUCAUCCUCCUCAAAUUACUCCUCCUCCACAUCUUUGUCAUCCUCCUCAAAUUACUCCUCCUCCUUAUCUUCCUCCUCCACAUCUUUGUCAUCCUCCUCAAAUUACUCCUCCUCCUUAUCUUCCUCCUCCACAUCUUUGUCAUCCUCCUCAAAUUACUCCUCCUCCACAUCUUUGUCAUCCUCCUCAAAUUACUCCUCCUCCACAUCUUUGUCAUCCUCCUCAAAUUACUCCUCCUCCUUAUCUUCCUCCUCCACAUCUUUGUCAUCCUCCUCAAAUUACUCCUCCUCCUUAUCUUCCUCCUCCACAUCUUUGUCAUCCUCCUCAAAUUACUCCUCCUCCACAUCUUUGUCAUCCUCCUCAAAUUACUCCUCCUCCACAUCUUUGUCAUCCUCCUCAAAUUACUCCUCCUCCUUAUCUUCCUCCUCCACAUCUUUGUCAUCCUCCUCAAAUUACUCCUCCUCCACAUCUUUGUCAUCCUCCUCAAAUUACUCCUCCUCCACAUCUUUGUCAUCCUCCUCAAAUUACUCCUCCUCCACAUCUUUGUCAUCCUCCUCAAAUUACUCCUCCUCCUUAUCUUCCUCCUCCACAUCUUUGUCAUCCUCCUCAAAUUACUCCUACUCCACAUUUUUGUCAUCCUCCUCAAAUAACUCCUCCUCCUUAUCUUCCUCCUCCACAUCUUUGUCAUCCUCCUCAAAUUACUCCUCCUCCACAUCUUUGUCAUCCUCCUCAAAUUACUCCUCCUCCACAUCUUUGUCAUCCUCCUCAAAUUACUCCUCCUCCUUAUCUUCCUCCUCCACAUCUUUGUCAUCCUCCUCAAAUUACUCCUCCUCCACAUCUUUGUCAUCCUCCUCAAAUUACUCCUCCUCCUUAUCUUCCUCCUCCACAUCUUUGUCAUCCUCCUCAAAUUACUCCUCCUCCACAUCUUUGUCAUCCUCCUCAAAUUACUCCUCCUCCUUAUCUUCCUCCUCCACAUCUUUGUCAUCCUCCUCAAAUUACUCCUCCUCCACAUCUUUGUCAUCCUCCUCAAAUAACUCCUCCUCCUUAUCUUCCUCCUCCACAUCUUUGUCAUCCUCCUCAAAUUACUUCUCCUCCACAUCUUUGUCAUCCUCCUCAAAUUACUCCUCCUCCACAUCUUUGUCAUCCUCCUCAAAUUACUCAUCCUUCUUAUCUUCCUCCUCCACAUCUUUGUCAUCCUCCUCCUUAUCUUCCUCCUCCACAUCUUUGUCAUCCUCCUCAAAUUACUCAUCCUUCUUAUCUUCCUCCUCCACAUCUUUGUCAUCCUCCUCCUUAUCAUCCUCCUCCACACCUUUGUCAUCCUCCUCAAAUUACUCCUCCUCAACAUCUUUGUCAUCCUCCUCAAAUAACUCCUCCUCCUUAUCUUCCUCCUCCACAUCUUUGUCAUCCUCCUCAAAUUACUUCUCCUCCACAUCUUUGUCAUCCUCCUCAAAUUACUCCUCCUCCACAUCUUUGUCAUCCUCCUCAAAUUACUCCUCCUCCUUAUCUUCCUCCUCCACAUCUUUGUCAUCCUCCUCAAAUUACUCAUCCUUCUUAUCUUCCUCCUCCACAUCUUUGUCAUCCUCCUCCUUAUCUUCCUCCUCCACACCUUUGUCAUCCUCCUCAAAUUACUCCUCCUCCUUAUCUUCCUCCUCCACAUCUUUGUCAUCCUCCUCAAAUUACUCCUCCUCCUUAUCUUCCUCCUCCAUAUCUUUGUCAUCCUCCUCAAAUUACUCCUCCUCCACAUCUUUGUCAUCCUCCUCAAAUUACUCCUCCUCCUUAUCUUCCUCCUCCACAUCUUUGUCAUCCUCCUCAAAUUACUCAUCCUUCUUAUCUUCCUCCUCCACAUCUUUGUCAUCCUCCUCCUUAUCUUCCUCCUCCACACCUUUGUCAUCCUCCUCAAAUUACUUCUCCUCCUUAUCUUCCUCCUCCACACCUUUGUCAUCCUCCUCAAAUUACUCCUCCUCCUUAUCUUCCUCCUCCACACCUUUGUCAUCCUCCUCAAAUUACUCCUCCUCCUUAUCUUCCUCCUCCAUAUCUUUCUGCUCCCAGCUCUAUGACGCAGACGUUGGACUCCAGGAAGAGCAAGACUUCGCCCAGAUUAUCCCAGUCUUUGUGCCUCCAUUCAGAAGAACUAGAGGACCGAUUCUCGUCACAGAGCGGCCAAGCAAAGAAUCAGAUCUGCUGGACAAGUUCCCUGGCUUGUUCAGAACUCAAAAUGAAGUGAUCGAUCACCGUGAAAGUGGACGACUGGAUACAUCUAAAGGAACUCAACUGUUUGACCUGUCAAUGUUCUUGUACUAUGGUGAACCAGACGUUGACUGCGCUGGUCUUUAA